AAAUGUGCUAAAUGUUUUGCUUAGCCCCAAAAAGUAAAGAGACAAAACUUGAAAGAAGAGUAGUAGUAGUUAGAACGUCAGAGAGCUAGCUACUUCGAAAGAAGGUUUCAUUCAACAUCGAAAAUGGCAGCUUUAUUAAUAAAUAAUCAGUCAAACUCUGCCUCCCAAUCCAAAGUCUAAACCUUUUCCUUCUUCCUUCAUUACAAAUCUAACAAUCACACAUUGUCUCGAAAUCCAUAACUUUCUUCGAUCCCCUUGUUCUUCCUUUGUCUGCAGUUACAUUUUUACAAAACUCUAACCAAACCCAUCUCCCAAAUCAAAGAAAGACUCAAUCUUUCUCUGUUCUGCUCUGUUCUGCUCUGUUCUGCUCUGUUUUGCUCUGUUUUGCAAUGGCUUGUUUCUUAAAUUGUGUUAGAUACGAUGUCUCCAAGACAAUCACCGACAAACCCACAAGUAAAGGAUCUGGUGUGACUUGUUACAGUAGCUGGGAUGAUGUUGAAACUCUUACUUCUAAUUUCUCUAGAUUGAUUGGUUCUGGUGGCUAUAGUAGUAUCUACAUGGCUCGCUUCUCUGGCUCUGAUAAAGCGGCUCUCAAGGUUCAUGUUAGUAGCCACCGUCUUUAUCAGGUCUUUAGACUUGAACUUGAUAUCUUGCUCCGUCUUCAACAUCCUAACAUUGUGAAGCUUCUCGGCUAUUUCGAUGAUUCAGAGGAAAAUGGUGCUCUUCUUCUUGAAUAUCUUCCUCAAGGAAAUCUACAAGAGAAGCUCCAAAGCAAUAGCAAGCAAGUCUUGCAAUGGAGGAACCGUGUAGCGAUUGCGUUACAGUUAGUUCAAGCUAUUGAACACAUUCACGAGAAAUGUACCCCGCAGAUCGUGCACGGGGACAUAAAAGCUUCCAAUGUACUCCUAGAUAAAAACUUUAAUUGUAAGCUAUGCGAUUUCGGGUCAGCUAAAGUUGGAUUCUCUUCGAUGGUUCAGCCUCCUACGAUGUCGCCUAGAUCCAGACAAGUGAGAAUGGUGGGAUCACCGGGUUAUACAGACCCUCACUACUUCAAAACCGGGAUUGCUUCGAAGAAGAUGGAUAUGUAUGGGUUUGGUGUCGUGGUUCUUGAGUUGGUUUCAGGAAAAGAAGCGUUUUCUGCUGAGAGAGGCGAGAUGUUGGUGCAUAUAGCUGCUCCACUUAUGAAUGAGAUUUUGGAUUCGAGUGUAGACAUCGCAGAAAACAAAGUGAGACAGUUCUUGGACCCGAGGUUGUUAAGUAACAGUCUUGAUAUUGAUGAGGUAAAGACAAUGCUGAAUAUUGCUGCGCUCUGUAUCAGUAGCAAACUAUCUCUAAGACCUUCCGCUACUCAAGUAGCGGAAACUCUAAUAAAGGAAAUCCCAUCUUUGAGUUUCAUCGGUUGUGGUAAAGGAGUUUGAGUUAUGGGGCAUCCACGGUUUUCGUUGUAGCGUGGUAGGAUUGCGUGAACAAGACUGUAAAGUUGGUGUGCAUUUAGGAGUUCCUUGGAAAACCAGCAAGAAGGAAAAACCAUGUAAAUAUUCUGUUUUUGUUUUGUGAAUAGCAGCAGGAAUAACAUUUUGUCUAAUUAUCAACAUUUCCUAGGAAAUGUUUUUUUGAUCCGUUGUUUGAUUGUUGUUUUGUCUAGAAAUCUUUGAGAGAAAGAGAACUUCUCUUCAUGUCCAUGUAAUGUAAAGUCAAGCUUAAAGUAGAAGCAUGACAUUGUGAAUGUGAAGCAAAGUUUAUGUGACUUUA